AUGACAGAGGCGAAUCGGCCUCUCCUAGAUGGGCACAGCCCUGAGGGGCCCACCGAGCGAUCAAGGCCAUCAUACCAAUUCUCAUCACGAUCAACAAACACCUCUGCGCAUACUUCUCACAACAACCAAAGUAAAUUGACGGUCUACAGUAAUGAGCAACGGCUAUCCCGGUCCUCUUCUGGCGGAGCUUCAUCCAACGACACAUUCCAAACAGCCGUGGCAGACGACACCAAUCGGCCGCUGUUAGAUGGCCAGCCCGCCACUGAACGACCCAACCCACCAUCCGCACUCUCGUCAUUAUCAUCAAACUUGUCGACACAAUCUUCACACGAUGAAGAUGAAUUGACAGUAUACAGCUCAGAGCAACGUUACUCGCGGUCAUCUUCAAGCGGGGCUGAAUCUAAUCGUACAUCAUCUCGGACUGUGGUACCCGAUAACCCCAACCAAAGUUUGUCGGUGCAACCUAGGCCAUCUUAUGAACUCUCAUCAGAGUCAACGCCCUUGUUACAUCGUCGCGAUGAUGAAGUGGGGCUAUAUGGGACUGAGCGAAGCACAUCGCGAGCGCCAUCCGAAUCAAGCACACAUAAGAAACGAAGCCGGGCACCGUGGCCCACGGUGAUCUCUCUCGUCACUCUCACGCUCGCUGUGUUGACAAUACUCGUCGUGGCCUUUGCUGCUCCCGCAGCAGUGCAAGAAUAUGGCCAGGAAGCCGCUGUGUUCAAGCCAACCUCGGUAUCAAUCGAUUCCACAACAUCUGAUGGUGUCAGGGCCCGGGUUCGGGGUGACUUCGUGAUGGACUCGACGCGAGUUAAAAAUAAAUCAGUUCGGGGUAUUGGUCGAUUGGCAACUUGGAUUGCCAGAGAAAUUGAGACGAGCCCGUCAGAUGUCGAGGUGUACCUGCCGGAGUACGGAAACGUUCUAGUUGGAACUGCCGCUGUACCAACUAUCAAGUUGAACAUUCGAAACGGUCACCAUACUACCGUCGACUUCCUGACUGAUCUUGAGGCCGGUGAUAUCCGAGGGAUUCACGCAGUUGCCAUUGAUUGGAUUGAAGGGCGAUUGGGUCGUCUCAGUGUCAAGGGAAAGGCUGCAGUCUCGCUGAAAUCAGGCUUGAUUGCUUUGGGGACUCAGCUUUUAACGCACAAUGUCAUUUUGGAAGAGAAAGAUUUCCCUGCUUUGCCAGAGGUGUCAAUUCUGAAGUUGAACGUUCACGAUGCCAAGACUGGAGCCAUGGCUGCUGAUAUCCUUGCUGCCGCCUGGAUUGACUCUCCAGUUGAUCUCACUGUUCCUGCUCUUGGGUUUGACGUUUUGGUUCCAAAUUGUUCACCCGGAGAUCCUUAUAUCCUCGUCGCCAAUGCAAAGACUAGCCAAAUGCAUGUUCAACCUGGCAUGGAAUCAACUGCUGCUGGUGUUGAAGCCCUCAUCAAGCAACUGCCAAAUGAGUUGACUUCUACCUGCCCGGGCAAAGAUGACUCACCCCUCGAUAUCUUGGUUUCGAGCUUCAUGCAGGGGCUUGAGACUACAAUCUACAUCCGCGGGUCUGAGGCGCCGUCACCUGAUACUCCAGCAUGGAUUGUCAAUCUUCUACGGAGUGUGACUGUUCCUCUGCCAUUCACAGGCCAUACGUUGGACAACCUGGUUAAGAACUUUACCAUGUCGGAUACUCAUUUCUCUCUUCCCGAUCCCUUUGCGGAGCCAGAUUCCCCAGAAUCGCGACCCACGGUCUCUGCACUGGUCAAGGUCCUUAUCGCUUUACCAGAGGAGAUGAACUUCCAGGUCGACGUGCCAAAGGUCCGCGCCCUGGCAGACGUCUUUUAUAAAGAUGAGAAAUUUGGUGUUUUGAACAUCAGCAAAUGGCAAGAUGCCAACUCCACACUCGUGGAGGACCAAGAUGGCUCUUCUGCACUCCUAGUGGAGUUCGCAAUGAAGGAUGCUCCGUUGGAAGUCACCGACGACAAUCUUUUGGCGGAGGUCAUCCAAGCAAUGUUGUUCGGUAGUAAAGGGGUCGAACUUCGAGUUGCUGCCACCGUAGAUACAAAGGUCUCGACUGGUCUGGGCCGCUUCGCUGUACGAGGCAUUCCCGCAGAAGGAACAGUUCCCGUGAAGACUUCCUUCGGAAAUCCCCUUGGUCGACUGAACCCGCGUGUGAUAUCAUUGCGACUGGGAAACACGACUGAAUCUUCAAUGACUGUAUCUACGCUGGUCAAUUUUACCAACCCGACCCAAUACUCGGCUACAAUUCCGUUUGUUGAUCUUCUUAUACUAUACAAUGACACCACUGUCGGUCAUAUCACCGCUCAAAAUCUGUCUAUCGUUGCCGGCAACAAUAGCCAUGUGCCUAUUGACUUCCUUUGGUGUCCCUCGGAUUUGAGUGGUGAUCAUGGGGUGGAGGCUGGUCGGGCUCUGUUCUCAUCAUAUAUAUCCGGUUUCAACACAUCCGUUACAACCAAAACCCACCGAAACACGAUUGCAAGCCUCCCGAAUCUCGGAGAAGCACUUUCGGUUCUCAACAUCACUGUCCCAGUACCCCAGAUAUCAACACCAGGCCGUCCUUCGAACGAAGGCGAAGAUAGCAAACCGCACUUCAUUCAAGACGCAACGUUCUAUCUUUGGUCAUCGGCAGCCCAAUUCACCCUUGCGUCCCCGCUUACAGAGACUGAUAUCCUUAUAACCUCGAUUGACGCGACAGCCUACUACGAGGGAAAAGACCCCAUUGGUCGAAUUAACACCCACGACCCUUUCAAAGUCUCCCCGGGCUUAUCCCAGUCCCCACGUCUACCCGUUGAUCUCAACAUUGGCGGCGUUGGAUACGAGGCAUUGCGCAAAGCUCUUGGCCAGUCAUUGGAAAUGGAUACAAUUGCCAGAGUGGGGAUUCAGAUCAAGAAUUACGUGGAUGAGAUCAUGUAUUAUGGGAAAGGAAUUGCGGCAAAAGUUCGAUUCUAA